CCCUGCCAUCGCUCUGCGAAGCCGCAGAGCACCGGGGCUGCCGGCUGGGGCUCUGCUGCCUCCAUGCUGUCCCCAGAGGGUUUGGUGGCCGCAGCCACAGUGCUCGUGGUACUGGGCCUCCUGGCUUGGUGCCUUUGGGAAGGGAGGCUGGAGGUGCCUGGAGACUUGGCAGAGGAGGAGGAGGAAGAGGAGGGGAUCCCCUUCAUGGCCGAGGAGGGCUCAGGGCGCUGCCGGCUGCUGUGCAAGCCCUCGGCUCUGGCCCAGCACCUGGUGCGGAGCUUGGGGCGGUCGGCGGCGCUGCGGGGGGGACGGUGGCCGUGGCCACGCUGGCCUCAGCUCCAGAUGCUGCAGCAACUCCUGCAGCCGCCUGAGCUGGAGCCAGUGGUGGCCCGGGAGCUCCUGCAGCUCUCUGAUGCUGGGCUGGUGGCCCUGGACUGGCUGGUGGGACCGUGGGGGGCUGUGGGUGGCAGUGGGGGGGUCUCCAGCCCGGUGCUGCUACUAAUCCCCAACGCUGCUGGGAAGGUGACAGGGGGGCUGUUGCAGCUGGGGCUGCGGGCACUGGAGCGGGGCUUUAUCCCCGUCAUCUUCAACCGCCGGGGCCACAACGGCUGCCCCCUCACCACCCCCCGGCUCCAGCCCUUUGGAGACCCCGGGGACCUGCGGGAGGCCGUGACCUACCUGCGGUGCCGGCACCCCACUGCCUCGCUGCUGGCUGUCAGCGAGGGCUCAGGCUCGGGGCUGCUGCUCGCCUACCUGGGGGAGAGUGGCUCCUCCAGCCGCUUGGCUGCCGCCGCCUGCCUCUCCCCCAUCUUCCGUGGCCGGGACUGGUUUGAGGCUGCGAUGCCCUGGCUCUACGAGUGGCCGCUGCUCCUCCACCUCAAGCAGGGAUUAAGCAGGGCUUUGGGAGGGACCGUGAUGUCAACCCACAGCUGGAUAGGGGGCUGUGACUGCUGCCCUCCCUUCCUAAGGCAUCUAGGUCCCCUGUUGCCCAACACAGCCAGGCUGGAGCAGCCCAAGGACGGGAGACACACCACCCUGGGCCAAGGCCUUGAGCAAGUGGCACCUCCCUGGGCGGUGCUGAGACCUUUGUGGGGGCAACGGGGCCCUGCUGGUGGGCAAAUGGGAGCCAAAAAAAAUGCAGGUAAACCCUGAAACGUUGGGGCAAACAGGUGGCAAGUCAAGCUGUGGCAAGGCUCAGAUGGGUGAAGAAGGCACAGUGUUUACUGCGGGGAUGGAGUAUUGGGGGGUGGGCAGUAGGGUGUCUGCCCCCCCUCCCCAUUUCCCAAUACCCAUUGCAAAUGCUGCUGUCACGGCAACGGAGCAGAGUGCUGGCUGUCUCCCGUUGCCAUGGCACCCGGGCUGCGCUGUGGGGACCCUCCAGCAUCCUCGGCAAGGUGCCGGAAUGGGACCCCCAAACCACCUCUGGGGUAGGGGGUGGUGGGGCGUGCUUGAGAUCACCCCCAGUUCCUAUGUGCGGGGCCGCGGCUGGCGCACAGCCCAUGGCAGCACCCCCGCAGCUCCCAGCCCCCGGGUGCAUCCCUGGGGCCCUCAGCAGUGUCAGCCAGCCCCUGCGGCAUCCCCGUGUCCCCCCAGCCCACGGCAACAUCCCCGC